AUGUUCGAAGAGUCCGGAUUUGUAACCGUUACAGAACCACCACAAUUUGUCAGGUGCGACAAGAAACCUUUGGGUUAUAAGAUGACAAUGUCCGCAUUACUAUAUGCGGUUUUGACAGAUGAAGAUUAUGAGAAUUAUUAUGACUAUGUAACGGAUCACGACAAUGAUAAAUAUACUUUCCUUAUAUCCCUUAUGGUUCAGAUUGUAGCCUAUAAAGGGUUUAAGUUGUAUUCAAAGAAGACAACAGAAAGGGUGAUCUAUAUUAUUAAGAACCUCAUUGUUGAUCACCCGAACAUUAAAAAUCCUCUACCGGCAUUAUACGACGUUGUAGAAUGCAUCCUUCGACAAAUCCGAGGUGGUGAUACCACAGAAAAAAAUAUAUGGUUGAUAAAAGAAAUGCACGAUUUGCUAAGCUCCGAAACAGCUUGGUUGUAUUGUAACGAAAGGUUAAUAAACAUAACCUUUUAUACAUUCUCGAGCUUGGCUCGAGAUCAUGAGAAGGCCGGAUUAGAUAUCCUCCGAAAACAAGAAUCGAUAUUCUGUAAAAGGAUUUUUGAUGAACAGUAUAAUACGUGCUUCAAUAUUGGUCGAGAUUUGUUCAGAUUAUUAUCCGAGUUGCGAAAUAUCCCUGAAUUUGCUUAUAUAUUUCAUGGAUUAGAUCAAAAUGCCGAAUAUUGUCUCAACAGUCGUAUUUCCAGUGAUUUAAGAGCGAGGUUAAUUCAUUAUAUAGAAAACCAUACACCGACCGCAUAUAAUCGCAAAUUUGAAGUAAUGUUUAAAGAAUUUUUUCCAGUUCCAAAUGAGUGUCGUUUUUUGAUGGCUGAUAUAUUUAGAUGGAUUAUUGGCGCGUUUCGUUCUAACAAACCAUCUAUAAACAGCAUGAGGUGUCAAUUGAUUAAGGGACUGUUUCUCGAAACUGCAAAUUUCGGAACAUCGAGAAGUAUAGUCCUCGAUUCAAUGAAGAUGGCAAUGACAUUGGAUUUGAUAUGUUUUGACAGAAAUGGUUCAUCAAAGGUUAACGAAAAUAGAUCUAAUCUAGAGCCGACAUUCCGACUAAUAUCCGAAUUACUUAAUUGUAAUUUGCCGUUGGUUAACGAGAUGAUUGAUUACAUAUCAUCCGCGAUUGUUAAUUUUGCACCAGGAUUUGAGAUGGAAUUUCGUGAAAAUCUGAAGGCGGCAACACUUGCAAUGGUGCGAAAAAAUGUGAUAAGUCUUGAAGAAUUAAAUCAAAUGCGUGGUUAUGCCGGUGAAACUCGUGCGGGCAGACUAAUGAAUGAUAUAUGCAUAUAUGUGUCAAAUAACCAAGCCGGAUUAUUAGGAACACAAAUUAUUCCAACUCAACCAAAUAUUUCAAUGAGUUUUCAGCAACCGCAGCAGCAGACAAACUUUUCAUCUCGUGGGCCAAUUUUUCCUUCUGCAAAUCCAAUAAAUCAUUCUGAUAACAUCCCUUUCACACAAAAUUCAAUAAUCACACCUCCAAAUCCGUUAACCAAAUCAGAUAAUGUACAAUCUUAUCCCAUGAUGGUAUCUCAGAAUAUUUCUAAUCAGACAACAAUUUCCAGAGUUUCGAUCUCUAAUCCUGCAACGAACCAACCAGCCGUUCAAUUGCCGGUACCCACAUUUGGUCAAGUGCAAUCCUCUUCAUCACCACACGGGAUUCAUCAACAAACAAAUAUAUCGGUAUCUCCAAAACAGCAACAACCUGUAGCCAUUAAUGUGGUGCACAAUUCUCAACAGAGUUCCAAUGUAGUUGUAGACUCUUCUGUUCAACACGGUUUUCCGCAAAAUGCACGGAAACCAAUUGCUUCUUCUUCAAAGCCUACAGUUCCGAAUCCAAGACCUAAUGAGGUGCCGGCUACACCUUUGCAAGAGCAACGUACACCAAAUUCCAACUCAAAGGCUCUUUCCGGUUUAUCAAAUUUGUGGCUUUAUGUAGCAUCUCUGAGAUCAUUUGAUGAAGCAAUUAAGAAAAAUAGUUUCGAAGAAGCCAUCGAAUUUUUUGGAAGAAUUCUGAACACAUUUAUGGAGAGAGCUAAUUUGGAAAAUCCCAAUUCACCGCAUCUUAAGGAUUUACCUGAAACCAUCGGAAAGCAAAUAUGUAAUUCAUUGGAUUUUAACGAAUUACACCGGUGUGUACGUUUAGAUUUGGGACGAUUGGAAAUUUCUCCGUCACGUGUAAAUCUCUUCAAUAAACUUGUUGAUUGGGUAUUCGAAUGGCAAGUUAAGGCAUCAGAUGAUGAAUCUAAUAAAUAUAAGGCUUUUGAACUUUUGCGAUUGAUAGCGAAUCAAGCCGAUAACCCUAAGGAGAUGCAUAUAAAAGCCAGGACCAAAUUGAUGGUUUUUGAUUUGAAAGGCGCGAAACUUGAUAAGAUGGGUUGCGCGGACAGGAAUCACGAAAAUUUUCUUGAUCAUUACAUGGAUUAUUUAUCGUUUGAAAUCAAUAAAGAGAAAUCAACAUCGGAUUCGGACGUGGAUGCAGAUAUGAUGGAGCGAUUCAUGGACGAUUUAGAGUGUCUUAAAUCGAAUCAAAGUAAUUUAUUCCUCUUGAUAACACCUUUGUUGCUGAUAAAGUGGCCAAAAUAUUUUGUGGGAAAUCCAAAAUUCAUUUAUCUAUCUAUUAAUCGAAUAAAUCCCAUGAUGGUAUAUAUUUUCGAGACCAAUAUUAGGCAAGGAGUGUACAAAAUAAUUGGGGAUGUAGAUUGCGUUGAUGACAUAAUAUAUCAUUCUUUGAAUUGGGAUUCAUUCGAUCAAUUGAUGUUGUUUCAUUUGCUGAGGGCAGAAAUAGGUGGCGAUAAAGAAAAGAUUGAGCACUUCUUUUGUACUUCAAAGUUUCUACCAACAUUGAAUCCGUUAGAAAACCCCGAGAUAUUGACUGCCCUCAUGUGGAUCCUUGAAACAAUUAAGCCAAAUUCAAAGAUACUUAAGUCUUUGUUUGGUCUAGUCGCCAACUCUGCAACUGAAGAUUCUAAAUCGGAGAAUAUAAAAUAUAUAAUAGCUGUCUUCGCCACAUUUCAUAAACAUUUUCCUGCUCCAUUGGUUACGCAAUUAGAUUCGAUUCUUAAAGAGAUCUUGAAGCAUGAGAACUCGGAUGAUUAUAUCACGGCGGUAUCUAACGUGAUGAACGAAUUAUAUAAAAGUGCCAAUUCCGAUAUGGUUAGAGGCCUUUUACAACUUCAUCACAAAGUGGUGGAAAUUGGCAAGAUGGUUGAUAUAAGUAUCUAUAAUCCAGAGUCGCCUAUCGAUGCAUCACAAAAGAGUGAGCACAUGGAAAUUGAUGAGAAAGAUUCCAAUGUUCGUGGGCCGGCAAGAGCCAAACGAAUUAAUGACCGAAAAGAUCGUAUCUUACGUUCUCAAUGUAAACAGCCCCCAACGAAUCCUCCUCAGAAAGAUCAACAAAAUGUGACAUCAGAUGAAGAAAGUGAGGACGAAGAGCUUCCCAAAAUUUCAGCAACCAAACAACGUGCCAGAAAUAAAAUAGAUAGUUCUUCUUCAGAAGAAAACUCAGAUUCUCAUACAGAACAAGCGGGCAUCAAAAAGAAUCGACAAAUGCGUGGUAUAACAAAUGUACCUUCUCGUCAACAAAGCGUUCCAAGUAAUGGGGAAUUUCAUUCAGAGGACGGUGCAGCAAACAAAAAUAGAAACACGAGGACACGGACAACGACAUUAAACAGACCUACGACUCCGUCUCAAACAAAUUUGGGACGUCGUAAAAAUGUUAAUCCGGCUAACGCCAAAAAGAGGGCAACGAGAAAUUUAGAUGAAGAAGAAUCAUAA